CAGUCGGUUACCACGUGCUUUCGUGUGAAGGAGUCUCUUAAUCGCGUUCGUGGAUGUCGUAUAGUUAAUUGUUAAAUAUAUCAUAAUUGCUUUUUUUUUGUAGAUUACGUGCGUUCGUUUGUAUACGUUUAGUGCUUGGAAAGAAAUAUGUCAUUCCCUAGAAAAUACUUCAAACGGAUCCCGAUUUACGUAGUAGAAAAUCAUGAUGAGGUGCUACCGUUUAUUUAUCGAUGUUUGGGAUCGAAACAUCUUCCGUUCGAAGGAAACGCGUUCGUGCAUUUAGAUUCGCAUCCUGACAUGCUUAUACCGAAAACGAUGUUGGCGAAUACCGUAUGGGAUAAAAAUCAAUUAUUUAGUGAAAUUAGCAUCGAAAAUUGGAUAUUACCUGCUGCGUAUGCUGGUCACUUUAAGCAUCUGAUCUGGGUCAAACCACCGUGGGCAAAUCAAAUGGUCGAUGGCGUAACAACCUUCUUCAUCGGCAAACAUAAGGACAACGGAUCAAUAAGGCUCACGUGCCCGGAGCCCUAUUUCGUCAGCGAGGGCCUCUACUCUACUCUCGAGGAGUUGGAGAAUACGCGCGAGGUUACCCUACACGUGAUGACCAUCGGCGGCUUCAUCGAGGAUCCGGCGAAGGUAAGUCGUCCACCGUUCUGUUACGCAAACGCCGUUUUCUUUUCGCCUCGAACGAGUAGAAAUCGCCUCUGA